AAGGUGACUGAGUCAGACCGGAUGUUAGGGUAAAGCUGGCGUGCUAACAGCUAACAGCUAGUUAACUGUGAUAAAGUAGCAAGCGGCCGCGAGAAGAAGCGGACACACCGACAGACGUUCACCUCCACCUCCACCUCCACCUGCGUCUCAUGUCGCGGCUCACCUGAAGAAGCUUCGGGAAGCUGCUCGUGCACGCGCACAGUCUCCAUGGCUACGGAAGAGUUCUACGAGGUGGAGAGGAUCGUGGAUAAGAGGAAAAGUAAGAAGGGGAAGGUGGAGUACCUGGUCAGGUGGCGAGGUUACGGUUCAGAGGGGGACACCUGGGAGCCAGAGAGUCACCUGUCCACCUGUAUGAUCUACGUCCACGACUUCAACCGUCAGUACGCUGAGCGGCAGAGAGACAACACGUUACUGCGCUCCACCCGCAGCUCUCCCAGCCACCACUGCAGCCCCGCCCACAGGCCGUCCUGCAGGCCGCUGCCCACUGCCACCACUCGCAGUGACAUCAGUGGAGGUCUAACUGGAGACUGUGAUCAGACCAAAUCUGCUCUCAGCCCGACUCACCUGCCCCACCCGGCCUCCGUCAGUUCCCAGCAGCCUCUUCUGGCCGGCAGGUUUAGCAGCAGUCUGAUGCCGGCGUCUCUGGCUGGUUCAGCCCGUCGCAGCGUGGAUUUGUCCAAGACUGGCAUCAAAAUCCUGGUUCCUAAGAGUCCAAUGAAUAGCCACCUGGACUCAGAGGAGUCUCCCAGUGAGGCUGCUCAUGGCUUGGAGGCUGGAGCUCAAGAGGCUCACCUGGUCCCACCUGAGGUCGCCCUGCUGGAAAAACCUGCAGGAGUCCAGCUGGGGCCUGGAGAGGAGAGGGCUCGCAUGGGGACCAGGCCACGCAACCAGAACACCCUGUCCCCUCCCCAAGUACCCCUAACACCUGCAGCCUUGUGCUCCUUCGGCAGCACAGGUAACUCACCUUUGAUUGAUGCUGUCGCUGCCAAUGGGAUGUCUGGUGUUCAGAGUGCUGUUGCUGGGGUGACCAGUGCAACGGGGAAACGACGUCUAGAGGAACGCUCAGCUUUCGACAAACGUCUGAGGUUCAGUGUUCGCCAAACGGAGAGUGCUUACCGUUACCGCGACAUUGUGGUGAAGAAACAAGAUGGUUUUACCCACAUCCUGCUGUCGACCAAGAGCUCCGAGAACAACACGCUUAACCCUGAGGUGAUGAAGGAGAUCCAGAGUGCCAUGGCGACAGCAGCAUCAGAUGACAGUAAGCUGGUGUUACUUGGUGCUGUUGGAAGCAUCUUCUGCUGCGGCCUUGACUUCCUGUAUUUCAUCAGACGCCUGACGGACGACAGGAAGAAGGAGAGCAUCAAGAUGGCCGAGACAAUCAGGACUUUCGUCAACACCUUCAUCCAGUUCAGGAAGCCGAUUGUAGCAGCAGUGAACGGGCCGGCGCUUGGCCUGGGUGCCGCCAUCCUGCCACUCUGUGAUGUGGUGUGGGCCAAUGAGAAAGCCUGGUUCCAGACGCCAUACACAUCUUAUGGCCAGACUCCAGAUGCCUGCUCGUCCUUCACCUUCCCCCGCAUCAUGGGCCUCGCAUCGGCUAACGAGCUGCUGCUGAGUGGCAGGAAGUUGACGGCUCAGGAGGCGUGUCUUAAAGGUCUGGUGUCUCAGGUUCUCUGGCCGGGAACGUUCACGCAGGAAGUGAUACUGCGAAUCAAAGAGCUGGUGACCGUGAACUCGCAGGUUCUUCGGGAGUCCAAAGCUCUGAUGAGGAACACCAGCCGCAGUGCUCUGGAGCAAGCUAAUGAGCGUGAGUGUGAAGCCCUGAAGAGAGUUUGGGGCUCAUCACAGGGAACUGACUCCAUUCUGCAGUACCUGCAGAGGAGAACUGAGAUCUGCUAGAACUUGGACCAGAACAAGGAGCAGGACUGACUCAGCAGACUCUGAGCUGGAACCAGAACCCUCCUUAUGUUCUAAUAUUAAGUUAUAAUCUGAGCAGAACCUUUGGUUCUACAGAGUUCCACGGGGUUCUGUUCUUCAGCUUCCUUUGGGUCAUAACAUCAAAGCGAUCAUCACAGAUUAUAACAAAUGACCCAUGAAUGUUGGUCCUACAAGACCAAACCGAGGGCAUCAGAACCAGUGCUGGUUUGAAAAGAAUCUGAACAGACGACCUCGGGGGUUAAACAGCUCAAUACAUCAUUGGUUGUGACCCGUCGGUACUGGACUAUUCCUUUAGAAGGAGCUGACCUCUGAACUUAUCCCAGAAUUCCCUCUGAUUUUUUUCUACAGUAAGAGGAGGCUGGAGUCGGACUCUGCUGGUUCUGGUUCUGAUACGAGUCUGCGGCUCCUCAGUCUGUCCUCUCUUAGACCAGGUCCAUGUCAACAGGGUCGAGAUGAAAUGAUGGUGUCAGAACUUCAUCAUAGCAGCUUCUAUAAAAUGUCAAACCUGACUCAACUUUCUGUAUCCCUUUCAGAAUAAAAGUGUUUCUAUGGACAGACA